AAAAAAAAAAAAAAAAAAAAAAACCGCAAUGACUGGAAAAUAACGAAGCCAUGAAUGGGGUUAAUCUAUUUACAUUCAGCUUAUGAACUCGUCACGAUACAUUGGGUUUUUUACUUGCUUGCUUCAUGGUCAGGCUGGAGAAUUGUGUUUGCUAUUUGCGAAUCUCGGCUGGAGUGUUGGUGGGAGAUAGGAGUUUCUUUCUACAUUCUUCAUUAUUUAUUCUUUUUUUUUUUCUACUUCUACUUUGGUUUAUUGAUUGGAGGUGGUGAGGUUUACUGAUUGAUCCCCGUGUACGAUAUGGGAUUGGGGAGUUUGAUCAAGUGAAGUUACCAUGAGUGGACAGCGACAGUGGACUGAACUGAACAGUGGAUAUGGUAUGAUAUGAUAUGCUUUCGAUAUCGACAUUUACAAAAUGAGAUGAGCGGCCUCCACUGGAAAGAUCCUCAGUGGAAGCCAGGAAGAGCUUGUUGAAGAAUUGAAUUGUUUGCGUGAACUGGGUAUAGGAUUGGAUUGGACUGGAUUGGAUUGGACAGGACAGGACAGGACGGGACAGGAACACACCGAUUAAAUUAGAGUGGGGGGCGUGAAUGGCGUUGAGCUGGGUGGUCUUGGACCUACUUUUGGAGUAAUUACUUUUUUAACAUUUUAUUUACCUAU